AUCUCGUUUGAGAACUCGUAAAAGUACUCUUUUCAACUUAACAUAUAAAACUAAACGAAGCUAAAAAUGCGAAGGGCUAGAGAAAGAAGGUAGCCGUAGCAGAGCAGCCAUUAUUAAGCAUCGAGCAUCGAGCAUCGAGCAUCGAGCAUCGAGCAUUGAGCCGUUGGCAUCCAUGGAUUCCCGAAUGCAACGCUACAAAUUUGCUUGGAGAAUCUUCAUGAUUGCUAACUUUGGUGUUGGAGCUUAUAUCUUUGCAAUGGCAAAAAGGAAAGGUGGAAGUUCAAAAAGCGAAAAACAUGAAAAAGCUCCACCACCUACUGAGACCAGUGUACCGACUGUGGUGUCCUUGGCGGAGCCAGAAAUUAUACCAACAACCCCCAUUGCAGAGCUUGUUAAGGUGCAUGAGCCUAUUCCUGAAGAUCAGCAACGAGACCUUUUCAAGUGGAUACUUGACGAGAAGAGAAAGCUUAAACCCAAGGACAGAAGUGAAAAGAAACAAAUCGAUGAUGAAAAGGCAAUUCUGAAGCAUUUUAUACGUGCAACAUCGAUCCCUCCUUUUUAAAUUUUCUUCCCUAUAAGAGCCAGCCGUUCUGUUUUUUCUUGAAGGCUGCUUGUCCGGAUGUUGUGACUUGAUCUCAGGCGAGAUCCAUUUUCUCGGUUGCUCCAUUCCUUGUAGUUUCGAGAUGCUGCGUGCAUUUUGCAAUUGAAUGACACAUAAGGCGCGAGAAAAGUUAUAUGGCCGAAUUGUAGUCGAGAUAAAGAUGUUGAGAACGUAGCAGAUCUCAAUCUCAAGUUUCGGCCCAUUCGGAAGCCAUAUGAUUGAUCGUAGCACGCGAAUGUGAAAAGAACAAUGUCACAGGCAGGCUUGUGAAAUGGAGCUAAAUAGAUUGGGGCUAAAAUAGGCUUAUCUUGCCUUACUGUGGCCUGUUUUUGGUUUUGUUUGUACAUUGUACCAAAUUUUUGUAUGGUGGAUUUUGCAUCUGACUUGACCAGUUGAUUUUAUCAAUAAAUAUGAAAUUUGAUUUUAAA